ACAUGAACUUCAACAGGAUGACCACCAUCAUUGAGGAUGAUGACGAUGAUGUCCAAGUCCUCCAUUCCAACCGGUCUCCCAAUCGCAACCCUCCCUCCCCUCCUCAAAACAUUGGAGUUGAAGGGGCCUCAACUGCUCGGUGCUCUUCCUUUGACGACCUCAUUCGAGACAAACAGGUGAAGUCACCCUCAGCCCUCCAUUUCUCUGAAGGCGACCGGGUUGAAUCCAAGCCCAAGGAGGCCAGCCAUUCUUCUUCCCGUGCUAAGGGCCAGAAAAGGAAGGGCUCUCAUAAGAGUUCCAAAGGGGGCAAGAAGAAGAAGACCGGGUCGCUUGACUUGGAAGGGGAGUCGGUAGAAGAAGCCUUUCUUGCAUUGACCAGAAGACUCCAAAAGGUUGGAGUCCUAUCUGAAGAGAUUGGCCAGUCGCUCAUCGAGCCAACCAACCAGGUCUCCCAACUGAAUCUCCUGCUUGACUCGGCCAAGUCAGAAAUAAAUGACCUGGUCGAGAGGGAGAGAAGGUUAGAAGUAGAGCUGAGGGCUGAGAGGGCUUUGCUAGAGGAGGAGAG